GCCAGGACGCGCCCGCGGGAUGCCCGCCCGGGGCGCCGCGGGAGGAGCCGCCGGCAGCCGCGCGUGUCCGUGGGCGCCUGUCCGCGGCAGCAGGUGCGGGGCCGAGCCCGAGGCGGAGCAUGGAGGCGCCGGCCGGCCGCAGGCGGAGGCCGCAGGCGGGCGAGGCCCCGCGCGCGGACCAGGCCUCGGGCUCGGCGGCCGGCGAGGCGGGGCGGGCGCGCGGCCGCGGCAGGAGGGCGCCGCGCCUGAGCCCCGAGGACGAGGAGCUGCUGUUCGACGCCUUCGACGCGUCCUUCAAGGAUGACUUCGAGGGCGUGCCCGUGUUCGUGCCCUUCCAGCGGAGGCAGCCCUACGAGUGCGGCGAGUGCGGCCGCGUCUUCAAGCACAAGACGGACCACGCGCGCCACCAGCGCGUGCACACGGGCGAGAAGCCCUUCGCCUGCGGCCAGUGCGGCAAGAGCUUCCGGCACAGCUCGGACGUGACCAAGCACCAGCGCGUGCACACGGGCGAGAAGCCCUUCGCCUGCGGCCAGUGCGGCAAGGCCUUCAACUGCGGCUCCAACCUGCUCAAGCACCAGAAGACGCACAGCGGCGAGCGGCCCUACAGCUGCGCCGAGUGCGGCCGGGCCUUCGCCUACAGCUCCUGCCUCAUCCGGCACCGCAAGCGCCACCCGCGCAAGAAGCGGGAGGCCUCGCCCGCUCCCGGCCUCGCCCCUCGGCCCUGAGGGCGCGUGUCCACG